CCCCGCGGCCCGGCCGCGAGUCCUUCACCCCUUUCCAGGGUCUGCCGGAGUCCUCAGCUGACAAGCCUGCUCCCUGUUGCCCAGAGCCAGAGGCCGACGUCGGGCGGGACCCGGCGCCAUGACUGGGUCUGUCCCAGGCACAUCACGACGCUCACCCCGAGGGAUCCGCGAGCGUGCCUCGGUUUCCGGGAGAGAAGAGGAAAUCACUCCGGGAACCCCAAAGCCUUCCUCUGGAGCUACAGCGUAGCUAGCGUCCCCGUUGCCACGGAGACAGGGCUGUCUGUGACGUCACUUCCGCCGGGCUGUCUGGACUUCAGACUGUUGAGAAGAAAUCUGAGCAACAGCCACGACUGUGGACGCGAGCGUCUCCGGUGUGCGCAUGCGCCCGCUCAGCGGCCUGCUUCUAUUUAUGUGGGGGAUCCAACAUGGCGGCCGCGGCGACCCUGGCGAUGGUGGCGGAGCCCAUCAGAACGUUGUAGCGGGGACAGGGACCCGGUCCGCACUCACGGUGGCGUCCGCGGAGACGGCUGAGGGUGCCGGAGGGAAGAAACGUGACGGAGAGCGGAAGGAAAGGCGGGCGGGCACGCCGUGCGGCGUCGAGGCGAGAGCCGGCUCGAGCGAGCGCCGAGGGCCAGAACAGUGGGGAUGGCGGAGCCGCGCAGAGUCGCGUUCAUUAGCCUGUCACCGGUGAGGCGGCGCGAGGCCGACUUCGCGGGCGCCGAGCGCGAGCCCCCCCGGCUGGAGCCGCAGCCGUACCGCGAGCCGGCCCGGGCGGAGCCGGCCCCCCGCGCUGACGCGCAGCCCCCGGCGCGCGACAAGCCGCUCCCCCAGCGCGAGGGCAGCCGCGCCGAGCCGCCCAUGGCCCUGCAGCGCGAGCCCCCGCGGCCGGAGCCGCCGCCGCCGCCGCUGCCCCUGCAGCCCGCCCCUCCGCGGGAGUCGGCUUCCCGGGCGGAGCCGCCGCCGCGACCGCCGAGGGAGACGGUGCGCCUGGAGCUGGUGCUCAAGGACCCCACGGACGAAAGCUGCGUGGAGUUCAGCUACCCGGAGCUGCUGCUGUGCGGAGAACAACGGAAGAAGCUUGUUCAUACAGAAGACCCAUUUACUGAUGAGCAUAAGGAGAGGCAAGAAGUGGAAAUGUUGGCUAAGAAGUUUGAAAUGAAAUAUGGUGGGAAAGCCCGUAAGCACCGGAAGGAUCGGCUGCAAGAUUUAAUUGAUAUAGGCUUUGGCUAUGAUGAGACAGAUCCAUUUAUUGAUAACUCAGAGGCUUAUGAUGAAUUAGUCCCUGCUUCUCUAACAACAAAAUAUGGAGGCUUCUAUAUCAACACUGGCACUCUGCAGUUUCGCCAAGCUUCAGAUACUGAAGAUGAUGAUAUUACAGAUAACCAAAAGCACAAGCCACCCAAGGUUCCCAAAAUAAAAGAUGAUGAUAUUGAGGUAAAGAAGCGGAAGCGGAAAGAAGAAGGAGAAAAAGAGAGGAAGCCAAGGAAAAAAGUACCCAAACAGCUGGGAGUUGUGGCUCUAAAUUCACACAAGUCUGAAAAAAAGAAGAAGCGAUAUAAAGAUUCCCUUUCUCUGGCUGCCAUGAUACGAAAAUUUCAAAAAGAGAAGGAUGCAUUGAAGAAGGAAUCUACCCCUAAAGUCCCAGUGACCCCGUCAACUUCCUCUCUGCCUAAGCCCUCUUGUGCUGCCACAGGCCUGGGGGAUGACAUCCCAGACUUAAGUCUAAACAGUGCUGAUCCAGAUCUCCCUAUUUUUGUUAGCACAAAUGAACAUGAACUGUUUCAGGAAGCUGAAAAUGCCCUAGAGAUGCUAGAUGAUUUUGACUUUGACAGAUUACUGGAUGCUACUUCUGAUGGCAGUCCCCUCUCUGAGUCAGGGGGAGAAAACGGAAACACCACACAGCCCACCUUCACCUCUCAGGUUACGCCUAAGGUGGUUCCUACACUUCCAGACGGUCUACCUGUGCUUCUUGAGAAACGCAUUGAGGACCUUCGUGUAGCUGCCAAACUUUUUGAUGAAGAAGGAAGGAAAAAAUUCUUUACACAGGAUAUGAAUAAUAUUCUUCUUGACAUCGAGUUACAGCUACAAGAUCUAGGCCCUGUCAUUCGUAGUGGUGUCUACUCCCACCUUGAAGCAUUUGUUCCAUGCAAUAAGGAAGCACUGGUGAAACGUCUAAAGAAGUUACAUCUUAACGUUCAAGAUGAUCGUUUAAGAGAACCUCUGCAGAAACUGAAGCUGGCUGUUAGCAACGUCAUGCCUGAACAGCUGUUUAAAUACCAAGAGGACUGCCAGGCUCGCAGUCAAGCCAAGUGUGCCAAGUUGCAAGCAGAUGAAGAACGGGAAAAAAAUGGAUCCGAUGAUGAUGAUGAUGAGAAACCAGGGAAACGAGUCAUAGGCCCACGAAAGAAAUUUCACUGGGAUGACACCAUAAGAACUUUAUUAUGUAACCUUGUUGAGAUCAAAUUGGGAUGCUAUGAAUUAGAGCCAAAUAAAAGCCAGUCUGCUGAGGAUUAUCUUAAAUCCUUCAUGGAGACAGAGGUGAAGCCACUGUGGCCUAAGGGCUGGAUGCAGGCAAGAAUGCUUUUUAAGGAAAGCCGGAGUGUACAUAAUCAUCUUACUUCUGCUCCGGCAAAGAAAAAGGUGAUUCCUGCAUCAAAACCCAAAGUCAAGGAAUGUAGUCCAAAAAAAGACCCAAAAGCUCCUGCAUCCUUGGUGGCUUCAGUUGGUCCAUCCACAAGUUCCAGCACAUCCAUCAUUGCCUCAGCCAGCUCUAGCUCAACACCAGCCCAAGAAACCAUCUGCCUUGAUGACUCCCUGGAUGAAGACCUUUCUUACCACUCGUCUUCACUGGACCUUGUAUCUGAAGCUUUAGCUGUCAUCAACAAUGGCAACAAGGGCCCCUCAGUUGGUUCAAGGCUAAAUGUGCCAACUACAAAACCUCGUCCAGGACUGAGAGAAGAGAAACUAGCAAGUAUCAUGAGUAAGUUACCACUGGCUACUCCCAAAAAACUAGAUUCUACUCAGACUGCGCACUCAUCAAGUCUUAUUGCUGGUCACACGGGGCCAGUACCAAAGAAACCCCAGGACUUAGCUCAUACUGGUAUUUCUUCAGGCCUUAUUGCUGGUUCUUCAAUUCAGAACCCUAAAGUUUCCUUAGAACCUUUGCCAGCCAGGCUUCUCCAGCAAGGACUGCAAAGGGCAAGCCAGAUACAUGCUUCUUCCUCUUCACAGACUCAUGUCUCCUCCUCCCAAGCCCAAGCUGCUGCCUCCUCUCACGCUCUGGGAACAUCAGAGGCCCAAGAUGCUUCUUCAUUAACACAAGUAACAAAGGUGCACCAGCAUUCAGCUGUCCAGCAGAACUAUGUGUCUCCAUUACAAGCCACCAUUAGUAAAUCACAGACCAACCCAGUGGUAAAACUAAGUAAUAAUCCCCAACUUUCCUGUUCGUCCCAACUACUCAAGACUUCAGAUAAGCCACUGAUGUACCGCCUCCCUUUGUCUACCCCAUCACCUGGAAAUGGGUCUCAGGGGCCCCACCCCCUGGUUUCUAGGACAGCACCAAGCACCACUACCUCCAGUAACUAUUUAGCCAAGGCUAUGGUAUCACAAAUCUCUACGCAGGGUUUUAAAUCUCCCUUCUCAAUGGCUGCAUCUCCCAAACUUGCCGCAUCUCCCAAACCGGCCACAUCUCCCAAACCUUUGCCCUCACCUAAGCCUUCUGCCUCACCCAAACCCCCUCUGUCAGCUAAGCCUUCAAUCUCUACUAAAUUGAUUUCUAAAUCCAACCCAACUCCCAAGCCUGCUGUAUGCCCAAGUUCUUCCAGUCCAAACACACUAGUAGCCCAGAGUAGCCACUCCACCAGUAACAACCCUGUCCAUAAACAGUCUAGUGGAAUGAGCAUCAGCAGACAGUCUCCCACUCUGAAUUUGUUGCCCUCAAAUCGCACCUCUGGCCUUCCGACUACAAAAACUCUUCAGGCCCCUUCUAAACUCACAAACUCAUCGUCCACUGGAACUGUUGGGAAGAACAGCUUGAGUGGAAUUCCAAUGAAUGUACCUGCCAGCAGAGGUAGCAACCUUAAUUCAAGUGGAGCUAAUAGGACUAGUCUAUCUGGGGGAACAGGAAGUGGAACACAGGGUGCUACUAAACCGUUGUCUAUUCCACAUAGACCAACCUCUGCCUCAGGGCCUUCAGUGGUAACAGCCAGUGUGCAGUCCACAGCAGGAGCACCACUUUUGGCUAAUGCCUCACCUCUGACUCUCAUGACAUCACCUUUGUCUGUAACAAAUCAAACUGUGACUCCCUUUGGGAUGCUGGGUGGCCUUGUUCCAGUGACCAUGCCCUUCCAGUUUCCCUUGGAGCUACUUGGCUUUGGAACGGACACAGCUGGCGUGACAACCACCUCUGGAUCUACCUCAGCCGCUUUCCAUCAUAGCCUAACUCAGAAUUUACUAAAGAGUUUACAGCCAGGAACUCAGCACGCAGCAACACUUUCCCACUCACCUCUGCCUACACAUUUACAGCAAGCAUUUAAUGAUGGAGGCCAAAAUAAAGGGGACACUAAGUUACCACGGAAACCUCAGUGACUUUCCAGCAAGCGAGAGAGGAACCACUUGGCUGGGCUGACCGGACCUACUGAUGGGAAGUCUUAUGUGGUCACAGGGCUGCUGUUUCUUUCGAUGUUUACAUUCUCGUCCCAAGCACUGUGGUGAGGAGGAAAAGGAAAGAAAAUGUUACUUGAGCAAAGCCAGGUGCAGGAGGAAGAAAUACUUUUGUGCAAAGUUAGUGACCUUUGGUCUCUUAGAAUCAAAGUUCCCAUGUUAACCUACUUAAAAGAGACUCAGCUGUCAAACCCACAGAAGUAUCAAUUUGAUUUUUUUUUUUUUUUUUUAACCUGGGGGAGAAGGAAGGAAGUUGAAAGGAUUUGGGUAAAUGGCCAUCCAUCCAUCCUGGGGGUCAGAUCUGAACACUCUAUAUGUAAGUGCAUAAGUAAAGUAACUAAAUGUAGAAUUAGCCCAGUUGGAGGAGAAUCAGUCAUGUCUGUUUAGUGGACAGAUUUGCCACAGUCAGUUGCAUGAUGCUCUCCAGACAGUAGCAGAAGAGUACUGUAUACUCAAAUGUCCUGAGCAAACUUGAAUCUUCUCCAGUAUGUAGCAGUUUCCUGUGCAAGUCAGUGGACUGAAGAUGCUUCAGCAAAGUGGCUGCAGCACAGUGAUAUAUAUUACUAUAGCGUCUAGAUUUUUAAAGUCAGGAAAGUGAGCUUGUUGCUCUUAACAGACAAAAUAUAGGUAACCCCUUUCUGUAAAAGGGUUGGUGCCACCCUCCGUUCAGAAGUAGGUACUGAUCUCUUGUCUGCGGGUGACUUGUCAUCUGGCAUUGGCUGGUUAAUAUUUGUUUCUAGUCCUGAUGUGCAGAAGUGACUGCUCACAUUUUCUCUUGAGAUGUGGGAUCUUUGUUGUUGGGCUGCUGCUUUGCUGCUCAUCUCCCUUGCAGCCUGCCAAGAACUGCAGCUCCCUCACUGCACAAGCUCUUUCACUAGUGGUACUUGAGGUGACUAGAGCUGGUGAUAUAAACAGGAGUGUGCACAGCAUCUGUUUCUUCAUGGGUCAAACAAAUAGCAUAUAUAUGUAUAUGUAUAUAUAUAUAUGUGUAUAUAUAUAUAUAUAUAUAUAUACACACACACACACACACACACAUAUAUGUAUAUAAUAGAAUACUGUUUUUCAUUCUGACGUAUUUUUAAAGGGAUGAAUUUUAGUUGGAAUACUGAUAUGCACAAGGGAUCACCUUUUAUAACUAUCACAAUGAAGCUUUCUGACCCAUAUCCGAUACAGUAAAAAUGUUUUGAGCAUUUGGAAUCUUCAAUUUUUACUCGGAUUUACCCAGAAUGUUGAAAUUCAAGUCAAUUUACAGAUAAUAAGAUUCUUUAAUUCUAGUUUCUGUAUGCAAAUAGAGGCAAUGAAUGAUGUGAAGGAGAAAGCAUACAGUUCUCUUUGGAUACAUUUUAUUUUGCCUCAACUGCAUUGCGAUACCCCUUGAAUCUUAAACUUCUGAGUAUUUUCAAAUUAUCCAAGAAUAGCAUAAGCUCUAAGUGAUGUAACUUUAGUUUAUAUAUGCUGAUAGACUAGCCUGCAAAAACAGACUAGCCUGGUAAUAACAAGAUUGCUGUCAUAUUCUUAUUACAUAUUACCCAGUACCAUUAAGUUUUAUUCAGAUAAGAGUGUUAACCAGACCCAUUUUCCUUUGAUAAAGAAAAGUCCCAAGAACCCGCUAGGACUAUAAAAACCAACCACAGUUCUGCUGAGAUUUUUAUGCCUAUAAUUUGACUUCAAAGUCACAUUGGCAUGUUUCAUAGCAAAAAGCCAAUGAAUAAUUGAAAACUAUAGUUCCAAGAACUUGUUACAGUAAAGGAAAAUGAUUGUUUAGAAGAACCAUUGAAGCUGGGAAUGCUGGUUUGUAAUCCCAGCACUCAGGAGGCUGAGGCUGGAAUAUCUCAGGUUUGAGGCCAGCCUGGAAUAUAUAGCAGCAAGUCCCAGGCUAGUCUGUACUGAGCUGACAAUGAGACCCUGUCUCAAAAAAGAAGGGGGGGAUAAAAAGGAAAGGAAUCAUUGGUAUAAUUUCUUGACUGUAGGAAUUUAGUUUACCAAUAAAACAAAUACAGAUGCUGUAUGAGCCCCGGUAGAUACGUUGGGAAGAUACUGGGACAUUGCAAAGAAGUUUGACUUGAACUUAGCAUGUUCAUUUGAAAGGUCUCUUAGUUAGAGAAACUUGCUCAGCUCUUGGCUUACUCCAGCACAGGCGACCUCCUUUCACAUGGUUGCUCAUACUACCUGGGUUGCUUUGCUGGGGUAUCUGUUUAGGAAGGCCGCCUUGUGCUUCAUUUUCUCUACCCAGGGAGAAGUCAGUGUGUAUUAGUCGUUCUUCCUGCUGAUACCUGUGUGUUUGUAUAUUUACAUAUACACACAUUCAUAUAAAUCAAUUGCUAUUAAAAGUCAAACAAUAAUUGUAGUUUUUUAAAUCUGUCAAUUCUGAACCGUGCUAUAUGAAGACCCUUGAUGGUUCUUUGCCAUCAUUAGAAAAGAACAAGAUUUCCCAUGUCAUUUUAUGAAAUUACCCUGGGCUCUGAGAAUAUGAUAUGUAAAGUAUAUUCUGUUCCUGUCAGUCUUGAUUCCUUAAGGACUGCUGUCAGAUCCCCACUCCAGCAACCCUUUCAUGUUAUCCAAACAAAUCAAAGUCCUUUCUACAUGUAAAUACAUUUCUUUCUAUAUCAUAACAUUGAAAACGGUGUCCAUACAUAUGGCUACCUGUCUUUACAGUUUUUAUUACUAAACAAACAUAUAAGUUGGUUAUUUUUUAACAGAGACUUGUGAUUCAUACUGUAUUUUUGCACUUAAAGUUAAAUUAUGUUAUUUUUAAAAUGGUGAGUAACUGGAAAGGAUAGCUGUAAAGAGCAAUGUGUAUCGCUAAAGAACAUUAGCAACAUCCAAAUGCAGAAGUAAAUGAGCACACUUAGGUCCCACUCAUGGGGUGCUUGAUUCAGGAAGAUUAAGCUGUCUGUUUCCAACUGUCUUAUAUUUGAAAUUGCCUUCACUAUGUAUAAGCUGUUACUGUGCACACAAGGUGAUCCUCAGUAUUCACAAGCAAUACUCGUCCACACAGCUGUCCUCGGUCAGCAGUGCUGGACCUCAGUUGGAGACUGUUUGGGAGCAAAGUGUCAAGCUCAUUCAGAGCCUCUGAAAUAAAUGCAAGCAAUAAUUUCUGUUAAAAUUAAAUUAUAAUUCUCAUGCUUCUGAGAACAGAGAGUGGGAAAUCAUGAUUACAAAACAGUCUGGAGAAAAGAUUUGGGGAAAAGAAGCCAAGUUAAUCUGUAAUAACAAAGUCCUGAUACUUUGAAGAAAUCAAGAAGAUUCAAUUAGUACAUUCUUUCAUGCCCACCACCCCUUUGAUGGAUGUUAUUAGCCCAAAUUAUAUUGUUUUGUGUCAUAGACACUGAAUAAGGCUUAUUUGGAUCCCAGCACUGGGGAAAGAACCGGGCAUAUAUCUCUAUGAAGACUGUGGGUUUGACACCUGCUUGGAAACAGCUUAUUGAAACUAAUCUUAACCCAGGAUGUUUUUUCCCAAAGCAGAUCUAAAUUGUUUACUAUGCAGAGAUGGAAAGGGUAGGCACCCCUAUUCUCUCUCCUCUGGUUGCCCUCUCCCACAGCCCUUUCCACCUCUACUUGGUUCAAGACUUUCUGAAACGAAAAUUCUACUGUUAUUGUGACUGCCAUUGGUUAUGAGAACUCUGUCCUUUGGGAUCGUCUCUAGAACUCGUUGUCUGUCCUACUUGCUGCUACGUUUGGAAGAUGAACUUUGCCUGUGUUGGUUGACUUUAACUGCUUUAUUUGUAGGAGAUUUUGUCAUGUCCUUUGACCCCUGUAUAGAACUAGGGUACUUUAUUUUAGGAGUGUACUAUAAAAGCACACUGGUCCUUGUAUUGUUGUUGUUAUUAUCUAGGUUUUGAAUUUUUUUUCCUUUGUUGGUUUUCAUUUUGUUUUGUUUUUCAAAUUGAAAAUAGAAGAAAGAAAAAUCUAUAAUCCAGGCCAAACUUGAGAACUGCGCUGUGCUUUAGCACAAGUGCUCCUGCCGGCCCGAUGUUCUCUGAAGGGCACUUUUACUUCUAGCGUGCAUGUGCGACUCUUUGUUGGUGUUUGCUUUGGAGGUGCUUUUGGUUUUGUAAAAACAAAGCAGAAAAAGUACAGUAGUAGAUAAAUGAUCACAAACAUGUUAUGCAAUUUUAUUUUAUAAGAUUUUAAGGGAAAAGUUUAACUCUUUGUAAAUAAUUUCUUAUCUCUGGUAAAAUGCUUAUAUUACUCCUCUAAACCAUGCUCAAUUCAGGCCUUUGUCUUUGUUAAGUGCCUUUUAUUUCUUUCAUUUUCUCCCCUCUUUUGAAACUUUUCAGAUACCCUAAUUAGUACAGAUACCUUAAUUAGUACAGACUAAUUAAGUCAGGAGAUUCAGGGGAAAGAAUCUCAGACUUGCCAAAAUCAUGUGAUGUUAUAAUGCUGUUCCUUCUGCUGUGUGUGUGGACACAAGUAUGAGAUGCACAGUGUGUUGAAAACCAGGAAUAGCUGUUUUAUGGCAAUCUUUCUAAGCACUGCCCUUUUGACAUUUCAGAACUUCUGCCUUGUUUAUUCCAUUGCUUUCAGUUGAUUCAGAUGGGCAGAUCGGGAAGUAGUUUUUGCACAUGAUGCUGGCUUCGCCUUCUGAAUAUCUGUAGAACUUAAUAUAUAUGUGUGUAUAUAUAUAGGGCAUUAUAUAUAAAACAUGUGUUGGUUAUUGCAAGCAUAAUAAACUCGGUGGACUCCUUGACUAUUUCUGGAUGUAAUCCACUCCUCUCUACCCUUCACACUAGGCAGAAGUAGUAUAUGAGAAAGCAUCAGAAUAACAAGAGUAUCUUGUGGGUCAAGUUGCUAUGGUGCCCUAUGCAGACAAGAUUCAGUCCGUGUAGGCUAGAGCUGGAACCAUGGGUGGUAUCUAAAUACACUUGGAAGGAAGUUGGCACCGUAUCAAUAUUAAAAGAUGUUUUUGUCUAAAAAACAAUCUUUAAAUUAUAUAGCUCAGUACCUUUUAAAACUUCAAUAAACUUAGAUUUUUAGAUAGUGAGGAAACACUCAUAUCAUCUGCGACAUAGUUGAGAAUUUUUCAGUCUAUUUAUUUGCCAGAUGAUUAGGUUUUGCUCUGAUUUCAUGAUUGUUUAAAUAUUCUCUUUGAGCAGAAUAACAUAACUUUCAGUAUCUUAAGACUUUUGGGUUUUGUUUUGUUUUGUUUAGAUGUGACAUGUUGAAAGAGACUAAUUUGAACUGAUCCUCUAAAUGGUACAAAUAUAUCUACAAAAGACCCCCCCCCCCAUUUUAAGUAAAGUUUUAAUUGGAAAAGGAGACUUGUGGCUAAACGAAGAGGCUCCUCAUAGCAAAACUGUUGUCAGGCAACUAGGAUCAGUAGUGAGUGUUAAUUCCUAAACUACUUUAUCUAGGGGGAAGUCAUUUAACCUUCGUGCCUCAGAUUACCCAUGAGAAAAUUGGGUAUAAUAAUAAUCACCUACCUCCCAGGGAUAUCAGAGACUUUACUGUUUCAAAAAUAUUUUGUUUUUCUAGAACAUCCUAUAUAAUUAUAAUUUUAUCUUCCUGCAGAGGUUGAAAAAACAAAUGUUUUCUUUAUAGUGGAUAUAAAGAGCACCCUAUGGUCUUUAAGUUUAAAAAAAUCACUGGAAUUUUAAUUUAGAUGCAUAUUUGAUAUUUAAACCAUAUUUGUAGUGUGAUAGAAUUAUUAGUUUCAGAUUAAAUCAAAGGGGGGAUGACACUAAGUUUCUUAACUACCAAUAGAUUUUUAAAGCUUUUAUGAUGUUAUUACUUGUAUGAUGUUUGUGAAGGUUGUGAAAGUAAACUUAGAUAAUGUUUGAAUUACUGAUAAAUGAUUCUGAAAGGUUAUUACAGCCUCCUUUGUCUUUCUACCUUUGAAUCUGUUAUCCUUGUAGUACUUGCUUGGAGAUGGAAAACUAAGUUUUUACCUUUCUAAGAGUAAAUCAGACCCUGCAUACUACUCCUGUAUCUGGAGGAUUAUCCAUCUUUGCCCUGGAGGGUGGGACGGGCCCACACUUGGACAGCUGUGGGUACUUUUAGCUUUGUAUUUCAUGCUUCUUCAGCCCACGAGCAAGUUAGAGUCAACAGCUGCUCACAUUGUAGAAAAACGGGAGAAGGAAGACAGGAUUAACUUCCUAGCUGGGGUAGAGGUGAAGAUGGUCAGGAUAGAAGGAAACAUGAUUUUCUUAGCUUCCAGGAGGAAAUUAGGAUCAUUUUAUCUCACCUUCCAUUCAUGUACACUAAGUAGUAAUACAUAAAAUUUUUCUCCUUAAAACAAUAACAACAAAAACAAAUGGAUGCUGUGGUUUUGUUAGAGUUAAAUAGUGUGUGAGAGAGUGUGUAUAUGAUUAAGUGUAAGUUACAGCACAUAUUUGGGCUCAGCAAAGAGAGUGCAGGGUUGAGGAACAGUUUACCCAGCUCAAGUGAGUUAGGAAAAAGCACUAGGCCUGAACAGCCUAACAUCUGGACUGACCCCAGAAAUGGCUCAGACCUGGUCAGUCUCUAGUCUGAGGGGAUUUUCUCAUAUUUGUUGUUGUUUUUGUUUAAAUCACUUUGGGGAUUUCUGUUGUUGUUGUUGUUGUUUUCCUCUUCUCCAGAUAAGGCCUUUUUUCUUGGCCUCUCACUCCCAGCUAUGCAGAUAGGCACAUAGUUCAUUUUCCACAUUACGUCCAUUCCUCAGUAACAAAUGCUAAGAUUUCAACCCAGAGUAAUGAGAGUUAGAGUUUUUGUUCAGUGUGUGUGUUUCCUCUGGGAAUGGUUAACAGAUGCCUAAAAUAGAUAUAUCAUCUGUAUUUGUCUGCCCUAAAAUGUGAACUUUGCAUAAAAAGCUAGCUGAAAAUCCUUUUUCUGUGCAGACCUAGCAUUAAUGUUAUGGAACCUGUUUGAAAUUUUAUGAUGAAGUCACCCCAGUAUACUGCUGAGAAAUUUAAAAUAGUGUUCAGGUUUACAGAGCUGGAAAGUUGCCUUGGGCUCUGAUUGAAAACAGUUUCAAAUGUUGAAAUAAUCAAAUAAUGAGUUUUUCUGUUUUUCUGUCAUCUUCAUUCUUGCCUUUGGUGUGAGCUCUUGCUCUACUACAGGGUAAGAUGCCUGUGCCAGAGCUAGAGAGACAAGGUAAAUUGUUUCCACAUCCUCUUCUCCCUCUUUCUGCUAUCUGUCCCCAUCAAACACAAAGAUGAUACAGGGGAUAACUUACAUCUUAGUAGAGGAUACAAGCAUAGAUUAUCUUUAGACUUUAGUGGAAAUACCUUUGACUAGCCUGAUGCUUAAAUGACACUUCUUAUGCACACUCAAAAUACUACUUGCUUUAAAGUGGCUAGUUGUGAUCUCUUUGUGUAGUGAUGUUUCUGCUUAUUUCUCUUUCCUGCGUAUUUCCUGCGUAUUUCAUAGCAGUUAGUACUCAGACUUUUUACACUGCUACGAAAACAAGGCAGCAACACAUUUUGAAGUCUCUGUAGUGCAAUUAAGGCUCCAUACAUAGUCCGGAACUUGGGGAUCACUGAUGAUUGCAACUUUUUCUCUUUUUAUUUGUAUUUAAAAAAAAAAAAAAAAAAAGAUUUUCUAGGUUGAGGGUAUAGCUCAGUGGUAGAGCUCUUGCUCAGCAUGUGCAAAGCUUUUGGACGUUCAUACACAGCAGUAUAACAAUAACAUCUCAUUUUUACAUGACCUGGUCAUCCCAGCACCUUUCAAGGUUCUUCAGAGGUGAGACAGAUCUUUGUUAGGUAAUAACAGUUUGCCUUGCCUGUUUUCAUACCUCCCCUAGAACAGCAGACCAUUGAUCCUUAGUUCCAGUUUUAAGUCCCUCAGAAACCUCUUAUUUGCCCCAACUUUGCUGCAGUAUUCUGUUUUAUACUAAGUCUGGUCUUUAGAUGCUUGUUAAAUAGAGCUCUGGUUGAAAUACAGAUAAGUUUACUUACCUGAGAUGACAUGAAAGUCAGCGGCUUCGUUCUCCUCAGAGUCCAUUUAGGAGUCAACAGCAACCAAGACUAGCCACUGUGCGUCUCUGUGACAACCUGUGCUUAAAAUUUCACAACCGUAUUGUAUUUUCCGCACUUAAAAUCAUAAACUUUCCUUUUUUUUUUUUUUUUUUUUUUUUUUUUUUUUUUGCUUACCUCUACUGUUUGCAGAAACAUUAUGGCCUGUCAGAAAGAUUUUUCCUCCUCACUUGCAAAAUUACCAAGGAUUUGCCCAAUUUUGGCUAGUAACAUAAAAAGGAAAAAAUAUUUUUGUCCAUUGUACAGAGUAUUUGUUUUAAAUAGUUAGAAUGUUGAGUCAACUUCUGUCAGCUUUCUUGAAAUUUCAUCUCUGCGUCCGUAAUAGAUUGUAUGUACCUUUUGACAUAUGAUCAUCAGGGGCCUUCUCCCUGUGAAGGUUGCUUUCCCUCCCACACAGCUUCCUCUAAUGUGGAUUUAGCCUCAGAGAAGACAGCCAAGCUUUUCAGUGACCUGUUGUCAACUGUCAUUGGAAAACUAUCUUAUUCUAGAAAAUAUUGGAGUGCUAAACUGUUCUUAGAGGAGAGUGCGUUAAUUUGAAUGUCCCCAUAGUUUCUCUUGUUAACCGGUAUCAAACUUUAAGAAAAGGAAGAAAAA